UCUAUGACAACUGCCACCUGUACAGAAGUUUGAGAGUUUGACAGUUUGUGUGUGUAUAGAAACGUUUGAUUUGAGUACGAUGAGCGGAGAACAAAAUCGUAAUUCUUUCAUAAGCAGUUAUAUUUAAGAACUACUAAGUUCGUACAUGUAUAAGCUUUCGUAUUAUAUGGUUAAUCAGUAAAAAUGUAAUGAUUCGUGGAGAAACUACAAUGCUAACGUCUUGUGCAGGGAAGAUACGGAAUUAGUACAACCAAAAUUUAUUUUGUUAUUGGUCGGUUUUCAUGGAGUGAAUUAAUUAAAAUGUCAGGACAUGCAGUAGUGGUGUGGGAAUGGGAAAAUCGACAAGGACGGUGGCGACCUUAUAGUCCUGAAGUGUCACAGCUCCUUGAGAGGGCUCAUUGUAAGAAGCUGACACGGGUUAUAUUAAGUGAUGCAGAUCCGUUAUUGGAAAAGUACUAUAUUAAUCUGAAGACUAAAACACAGUGCUCAGAAGAUGGUGGUGUUCCUUACAAUGUGCAUAGAAAAUGCUAUGUACCUGACUCACCUGCUGGCAAAGGGGCUAAGUGGGAGUGGGCAGGAGACGCACCAGGGGAGUGGCAUACGUAUGAUAUGGAAAUCCAGUGCCUCAUAGAGGAAGCAUGGGCAAGGGGGGACCAGACAACUGAUGUAAGCAAGACAUAUGCAGCUUUUCCAUAUAUCAUUAACUUUUGCAACUUGACACAAAUACGUAACAACACAGGCUAUGUGCGCAGUGUACGUCGUGUUCAACAAGCACCUUACCCUCUCAUCAAGGUGCAACCUGAAGAACUACAUAAUGUUGUAGCAGGCCGCAGGGCAAUACAGUGUCCAGGAAGUAGGGGUAACUCUGGGCACCAUCACAGAGGACCUAAUGGGCAGCUGCCUCCAACUGGUUUCUCUGGAGGCAACAAGAAAUCAAGUAGUGCAGGAGGAAAUAAGAAAGCCAGUAACAAGAAAGCGUCGAAGAGCUCGUCAGCUAAUGGAGACAGCAACAGCAGUACCGCAGCAGGAAACAUUGCUCGUACCAUCCUGAGUAAUCUCAAUAUAUUUGGUAACAAGGGAAGUAACAGUACUAGUAGUAACAGCAGUGGUGGAGCUGUGGGUGGUCCAGUGCCAAUGCCAAAAGCAACUGGGGCUGGGGUCGGCGAUACUGUGUUGGAUGCCGACUCCAGUAGCACCAAGAGUGGGCGCAGGCCUAGUGUCGAUACAGUGUCGACAUACCUCAGUCAUGAAUCCAAAGACAGUGAGCCACGAGCUUCACAGGGUGACUUGCUAGACUGUAGUGGAAGCAGUGAAGAUGUGUUUGAACCACCAUCUUGUGGAGGUAGGAAAAAGCCAAUCAACAAGUGUUACAAUGUAUCUGCGCCACAGCACUCCGUAGCAUCCGGGUCCAUCGUGGGAGUUGAUGCUGCCAGUGCUGGUAUUUCACGAUUUGUUCAGGUUGUAACAGCGUCGGAAAUAAGUCCAGGUACUCAGUGCCCGAUAUGCCUCCAAGAUAUGAACCCAGGUUCUCCCAUGGUGGUUGCCCUGACACAUUGCUUGCACCAGCUUCACUUGGACUGCCUGAACUCCAUGCUGUCUAGCCAGCCCUGUACUAACAAGAGCCUGUAUAUACAGUGUCCAUUAUGCAUGGUAAUCUAUGGUGAGAAGACAGGCAAUCAGCCACAUGGCAGCAUGUGCUGGACACCUCUGCCUUACUCCUUGCCAGGACACCAUGGGACUCGCACGCUACAGAUCACUUACAACAUUGCCUCUGGAAUACAAGGUCCAGAACAUCCAAACCCUGGGAGACCGUACUAUGCCGUGGGAUUCCCCCGAGUCUGUUACUUACCUGAUACAGAAAAAGGUCGCAAAGUUCUCAAGUUACUGUCCAUUGCCUUUGAACGCCGUCUGGUAUUUACUGUCGGCCGCUCUGUGACAACGGGUCGCGAAGACGUGGUGACAUGGAAUGAGAUACACCACAAGACAGAGCCAGGAGCAUCUAACACAGGUCACGGUUUUCCUGACUUGGGCUUCUUGGAUCGAUGCUUGGCUGAGUUGGCAGCUCAGGGUGUUACUGCGACACAGGAUGAAGGGGCUGUCUACCAGGAGCUGCGCUAGUGACUUUGUUUUAUUCUUCAGACGUUUUGUACAGUACUAGGCUGUUUAUUAUGUAGUUCUGUUUCAAGAGCUUUGCCAGUUACUGGCCAGUAUAUGUAAUGAUGCGUCUUAUUAGCUUUUGAGCUUCCGCUGCAUUCAGUGUUUCAGGUAACAGUACUGCAGCUAUCAGGAUGGUAUGUCUUGAGUGGUCUAUAUAGUUAGUGUAUGUUGGUUUAGAUGAUAGGUUGAUUGCCUGUGGUUGGCCAGAGUUCUAACCAGUGAGACAUUGCCUUUGUAGUCAGAAAGAAGAUUGUAUACUGUGUAGUAACUGGUCCCAUAUGUAGCCAUCUUACUGUUUUUUGGAUGGGUCUGCAUGAUGUGGAUGCAGACGUUACCCAAAUUAUCGUAGGGGAGUCCAUUGAAAUAAUGAAAUGUCCAGAAAAUAUUGGUAGAUGAGGACAGUGAAGCCCCUGCAACAUAUGGGGUCAGCUUCUUACUCUUCAGUAUCUACUUCAGAACGUUAGCCAGUCACCAGCCAUUCCGUCAAGUACCUGUUUAAGGGGUGUGAGCAAGACAUGAACUCUCUUUUGAGAAGACAGUUUCAGUCAAGUAUUGAAAAUUUGUAUGGAAUUACUUUUAUAAAACUUUGCAUUUUGGUUUUAAAUAUUUAUUCUGAAUAUGGUAUUCAGUUGAUUCUUAAAAAAAUUACUGAUUUGAGUUUUCAAGUGGGAUGUAAUCAUUUUCCAUGACUAUGCAAUCUGGCUCAUGCAUUUUAUAUAUGUUUUUGGUCAAAAGGGAAUUGUUGAUAAGCCAUUUUAUAAUGAAAUGCAGGGAAUGCAAUUUGUUCUUGGACCAGCUGGCUAGAGAUUUGCCCGUGCUUCCUCACUGCUGGCCACCAAACUGUCUCUUAGUCUCCCGCGCUUCUCGCAAAUCUCAAUAGUGCUGCUUGUAUAGCAUGGUUAGUUUUCCUUGAGACUUUGCUUUGUUGUGAAACAUAGUGUUAAAAAAAUAAAAUAUUGUGUUGAACAGCGUGGAGGAAAUUCUGUAAAAAUUGUCAUGGGAAUUAUUCUGACAGUACAGUGCAGUGCAGUGUAAAGCAACAAUUUACAAUAUUGCAACAAAAUUACUUUGGGGUGGGGGAUCAGUACUGGCCAAAGAGUAAUUUAAAAAAUGCAUAAUGACAGGAGAAAAACUUGAUGAUAUUGGGGCCCAAAGAAGUCCUUCCAUCUGUUUGCUGUUCACUGUGAGAUCGCAAAAGUACAGCUUACAUUGCACGAAGUUACUGAAGUUACGACCUUACAGCUCUAGUCACGUAUGGUCUUUUGCCUCCAGAUUGUGGAGCAAGAAAGCAGUACUGUAGGUGGUUUCAGGAACUAGUAUUCAAUGGACUUCUUGACCUAGAAUUUAACAUGAGAUUGAUUUUGUCACUUUCUUUGGUUAAUUGACAUGAAAAAUCAUGUGACCAUUUUAAACAGGGUUAUGCAACAGCACGCCAAAUUCUUUGGCUGCAUUAGAUAAAGGCUUUGGCAACAAGUCGUAAGUCUAGGAUUGUGGCCUCCACGAUUACCCGAUUUAAACCCUUGUGACUUUUAUUUGUGGGGAACACUGAUUGAAGAAGUGUAUGUGAAUAGUCUGUUUUUUCUUUCUUUCUGGAAGAACAUCAAGAAAUAUUAGGCUUGAAAUCUGCACUAUUCCUGUACAGCAAUGUCUGCAUGUUUUCAGAAACAUAUUCUUACUGUGUGAGGCAUGCGGGUUGUCACUUCAGGGCUGUUCUAUAAAAUAAGGUAAGUUUAACUAGAGCAGAAAAGCAGAUCAUGAAUAAUUAAGUACUGUGGUGUGCCAUGUCAGCUUAGGAUCCAGUCCAAUGACUAACUGUAUACCCUGUAUUUAAGUAAUUUUAAAUGUUUGUUAAAUAUAUUUCAUUGUGAAGAG